AUGGCGGGAGGGAGGGGGAAGGUGGGUGAGGUGCUCUAUGAGACACAGUACCAUGCGGCGUGGUCGUCUAGUUCUUCUCAUCAGGCGCUACUGGAGCAGGUGAUCGGUACUUCAAUUGUUCUUUCUCUCGUUUUCUUUUAUACCUGCAACUGAUGAAUUCGGCCAUGGCAAUAUAGGCGAAUAAAGCUAGUGAAGGUGGCCUGUUCUCUCGUCUUUCUCUACGGGGUUUGUUUCCCUCUCUCUCUCUCUCUCUCGCUCUCUCUCUCAUUUAUUCGCCGAAGUUGUUUUCCAUUGCCUAUGAUUUUGAUGAACGUGAAAUAUAAUGUUGGCCUUCGACAACCGAUGGAGAACAAGUGGUAUCUUAUAUGAAGACCACGUAUUUUAUUUCUAUUUACAUUCCUUUUUUAAAAAAUGUUCUUUUUUGUAUGUUCUUACUCAGACUCGAUGGAGUAUUUCGGUGAGUAUAACAUUGUGGAAAAACUUUCUGUGAAGGUUUACGCCAACUCAAAGAAAAAUGGAGUGGAAACAAGUUGCCAAGAUCAUUGAAUAGAAAGAUGUCUUUGUUUAUCUCUGCCAAUGGCGAACACGUUGGUGUAGCUGCUAAUAACCGGAUAACAGUUUUGCAGAAGGAUGACAAUUACAUGAACCCAUGUGGCAUAUUUAUUAGUAAGGUUACUCUGACUUAUGAAAAUUUACUCGUUCUUUAUAGAUCUGGGUUGCUGCUUACUACGAGUGAUCUAUGCUGUUUUUAGUGACAAUAUAUUUUGCCUAGAAGCAGAAAUAAAAAUCAUUGUUUUUUGUUUGCAAGCUGUUGUAUAUUUUAAUUUUAUCAGAGGUCUCAGCUUUUUUCAUUUGAAUUUUUUUAAGGUUGAGCUUGUUUGUUUGAUGUUUGAGCUACAAAAAUUGUCUUUCUGAAUAGUAUUCAGUAUAAUCCUUGGAAAGGAAGAUAUACUCCUGCAGAAGUUCUAUUUAAGGCAGGCUGUAUUAAAUAUCAAGUUACUGACGUAUUAAUUAUCCCUAUCUGUUAUUCUAAAGAUGUGCCAAAUUGAUUAGACACGAUACAAGAAAGGUUUUUUUCUGACACAGUAGUGGAUGCAAACACUGAAAAUUAAUGGGAUAUAUAUUUUCCCACGACACAGUAUUAGGGGACUCAAUUUGGCACAAUUAAGCGAGUGGUUGUGGAAUUUGAUUUGAUGGAGGGUUAUGAAGAGAUACCCUUGUUUCUACUGAUAUGGGAAAUGCCAUAGGAUGUACUAAUUUUCCGUUUGAUGUUGAUAUUUAAAUCUAUCUUACAACGUUUUUCCGUUUGGUUCCUCGCAGUCAACCAAAAUCUUUGAUAUUUCCAUCUCAGCUCCCAACCAUUAGCCACUUUGUCCAUCAUCGUGCUAGCUUUAUGCAUUGAGAAAAUAACUCUUCCUUUUUAGUGUAUUUUCCAAGAGUCUUCGUUUACAUCUAAUCAAGGAGAAGAGAUGUAUAUCUCCUUCGUUUACAUUUUGAUCAUGAAACACCUGGGCUUUUUGCAGAUUCCCUUGCAUUUUGAUAUUGGGAAGGAAAGAAAGAAGUACUGUGGCUGGAGACUGUUAAAUAAUGCUGUAUAUACUAGGGGAGUUAUAUGAUAACUUGCAUUCUAGUGAUGUAGGACGGGGGACAGUGAGAUUUGUCUCAGUAGUUGGCUUUGCCUUUUGUUUUUGGAGGACGCAUGUGGAAGCAUGGCUUUACUUUCACAAUUUUAGCUAUUCUUUUGGGUAUCAGAGGAUCCUUGCAUAAGAAUGGUCAAGAGUUUUGAUCAUAGUGUAGAACAAGGGUGCUGCUAUGCGACAUUUAGAUGGAAUGUCCAGGAUGAAGAGGUCAAUAAAUUUGAAGAUUUCUGAAGCUAUCCUUCUUGAACUGUUGCCAUAGAUGCCAGGUUCAAAGGUAGAUUGUGUAAUAAUAAUAGAGUGCAUACUCAAACAUCUUGUGGCACCUUGGAUUUGGAGCGUCCUUAUCCUUUGAAAGGGACUAUCUUGUUGUGGGGAACUUCAUGUGGACUUCUUCCUUCUUGCAAUCAAUUAGCUCAUCAUUUGUGUAAACAGUUCAUGUCUUAUACGUUUUCAAGAAGGAGAGCAAGAUUAAUCAUUUGUUUCUAAGGUACCCCUCAUGUCAGAUUAUGCAGAGUUGGUUCACUAUGACAAACCUUAGUUGACUCCUACUAUCUAUGGAGGCAGUUCGGAGAUGUUGGGAAUGGAAUUGACACUCUAAGUUGAUGAAAAGGUACGGUGUCUGUGAGUAGAGCAAUUGUUGAUAAUAGUUUUCCGUGUUUGGUUCACCUGGUGUCAGUACGGGCUAGGGUGCUAUUGCACGAUGAAGGAGGUUAUUCUGCAGUUCUGGAAAGCUUAAAUUUGCUGAUAAGUCUGCAGCGUCUUGGCAUAGGCCAUUGUUCUUGUGUAGGUGACGUUUUGAAUAUGAAGUACUGCCUAGUUUCUGAAACAAUAAUUAAGUAAUGAACUCACAGGGCCAAUUUAGAUCUAUUACAUCCGUAGUUUUAGAACCGAGAACAAGAUUAAUAAUUAUUCUCAAUGAAACAAUAAUGAUGAAUAUGCAAUAUACAUGAUUAUGUGACUAAGAAAUGGUUUUAGGUUGGUUUAAUUUUUCUUGUCUGGUUCAUAGGAGGUUCGAAGUCUAUUCAAGCCACUUUUUAUCACUUAUUUAUACCCAACAUGCUGUUAUUGGUUAUGACGGAGGGAUAACAUUGCAAUCUUGGCCUAAGGAUCCUUCAGAAUCUAAUUAUUUUUAUGAUUGAGGUAUGUUUUCAAUUGAAGAAUGAGUAUCUAUUUAAAACAGUCAAUUAUUAGCUAGAAAAGUCGUUUUAGAUAUCUAGGUUUGUGUAUGGUCUUUCUAAUCAAAUCAGAUCCCCUGAUGGUUACCACUGAUCUGGUCCACAUUGCAUUACAUUGGCUGAACUGGCUGGACUCAUUCUUCCAUCUUUUUCUAAUAGUGGUGUCUCUUCUAAACAUUGUUGGACCCAAAUGAGAUUGGUUGAUUUCCUGUUUAUAUCUUUCCUAUGCAAAGGAUGCUCAGAUGUUCCUCCUGGAAUUUUUUCUGCUAUGCACUUUGAUUCAAUUUGGCUGUUUCGUGUUGAAACAGUUUCACUGUGCAUACAAUGGUGUGCUCAUUUAAGCAGAGGUAUAGAACUUGCAUUUAGGUCCUAAAAUGACCUACACCGUCUGUGCAAUCUGGAGUCAGACAAACUUAUUUAUUUUUAGAAGGCCGAUACUUCAGCUGAUAAAGUACUUAAUUGGUUAUGUGGUAAGAAAAAAUGUGUGAAAAUUUUUAUGCUGAGGAAAGACAUGAAUCUGUUAGUUUGGGUAUCUUGGGUUAUAGCAUAGCGUACGUUACCAAUGCAUGUGUAUACCUCCCUUUCCUUUGUUUCUCGACAGAAGUUUUAGGAUCCGUUUUAAGAAAAGUUAUUUUUCCUCCAAUACAGUUGCCAUCUUAGAUUCGAAUUGUUUUGAAGUACUUUGUGACCAUGACAUUAUUAGUAGACCGAAGAAGAGUUUUAUGAACAACAAAUAGAAAAACUCUCUUGUUUUGGAAGUCUUUAACUACUAAAAUGAAAAAUUAGGUUGAUAUCUGGAAAUAUUAUAACAGAUGAUACGGAAGAUGGCUUUAUUAGCGGGAUGUGGAUGUAGUGACAAGAAGAGAUUAUGCCGGGAAAAGCUUUCGAGAUGCUUUAGACUUCUUUUAAAAAUAUCAACAUGGGCAUCUAAUUAGACUCACAAAGUUGCCUUCUUGAGGGUUCCCAAAAGGCAGAAGGAAAAUAAACAACAAAAAAAAAAGAUUCCUUCACAGAGGGAAGCUGAGAAAUUGUACAUUUUUUUGUUGCAGUGGACUUCGGCUUCUUUCCCAAGUUCAAAUGCCGUCCCCCUUUAUGUCCAGCUUCCCACUGUGUUACAACUUGGCACUGACUCAUCUCCCUGCGUAUACUUGAUGUGUUGGGUUUUGGCAGUCGUCGCUGCCAUGUUUUUUCCUAAAUCAGUUGAUCAGUGAUAUUUCCUUUUACAUUUUCUCCCAUUUUAUCCUCACCUUCCUCUCCGUGCUUUCAUCCAUUUUGUGUCUUCCAUUUCAUCAACUGGUAAUCAAUGACAAAAAAUAAUUGAACCAACUCUCGAGUUGGUAGGUCUCUUCCUUUAUUUACAUUGUUUUACAAUUUUGAUAAAAUAAUUGUCUUGGUGCUCAAAAUCGGGUACUAAUAUUACAAUCGUCUAUCCUCAUCUUUGUCUUUUUGGCUUGUCCAGUAUUCUUAUCUUUAAUGGCUUGUUGGCAGUGUUCUUUUUAAACUUCAACUUUACUUGCAUUGCACCGGACAUAAUUUCAUGCAGAAAUUCCUUUUCGGAAGCUAUUUCUGUGUUUGAUUAAGCAUAUCCUCUUGGAAAAUACCAAGGAACAUAUGCUUCAAUUCAAUGAUUUUUCAGGUCACGUACCUUUUAUUACUUUUGUCUUAGUCAAGCAUUUCCUAAUGGGUAUAUUGUGCUACCAGGCAAUCACAAGCAAAGUAUUUUUGCUCAUGGUGCUUGGUCAGAACCUCAAGGUAUACUUGGGGUUGUUGAUCAAAUGGACAGGGUUUUCUUUAUUAAAUCGAAUGGUGAGGAGAUCACCAGUACAACAGCGAGCCAGCUGAAACUUUCUGCACCAAUUGUUGACUUGAUUGUGCUUGAUGACCUCAAUGCAAAGAAGUCGUGCCUGUAAGCUCUAACUUUUCUGAUUUAUGGCUGUAUAAAAUCUUUGCUUUCUGAUACCUUUAUGGGCCAAAGAUCUGGUACGAGGUUUUUCUUUACCUUUUGUUGGCUGACAUAACUUCUACAGGUGUGGCUUCUGCAUAGUAACGGCUGAUGGUUUGCUUCACCAUAUCGAGGUUACACAAGAUCCAAGUUCAGGCAUUUUCUCCAUACCCGUGCUCAAUAGUCAACUCAUAUCACGGGGACAACUCACUCCGAAUGUGGUAUGCUUGGACUACCAUCCAGGUCUUUCCUUAAUAGUGUUACUUGCUGUUGUUGGCAUCUCUACGAGCUACCCACGUGAGUCAGGUAAGAACUUAGCAGUGAUUGUGAAAAUAUGCUCUUGUAUUGUGCUUCACGUGGGGAAUCUGAGAAUGUUGCUUUUUCAUGUAUUUCAGGACAUUAUUCUCUUUCUUUGUGGCGUAUAACAAAUAAUAAUGAGCUGGAAUCAGUUUUUUGUUCUUCUCAAGUCGAAGGCUUAUUUUCAAUGCCAAAAGAUUAUGGAGGUUCUUUCACAAUUCCCAAAGUUAUCAUUUCACCAAAGGGUAGUUACGUUUCCACAUUAGAUCUGACUGGAUGUGUGAAUAUUUUUAGCCUCAAAUGUCAACCAUAUUUUCUUUCUUUUAUCUCUUUUGACAAGAGAAAUAGUUCACAAGCGGUAGGCGUGGAAUUUGAGGCAAGGGAGCUCCUAAGUGAUGUUGCUGAUGUUUCUUGGUGGUCUGAUCACAUUGUUAUUAUUGCAAAGAAGAGCGGUGUUGUAACCAUGUUUGAUGUUUGUGGUGGUAUGAAAGCUUUGGAGAAUGAUCUACUGCUCCAUGCUCCUGUUUUAGGAAGAGUUAUGUGUUAUGAAGGGUAUACAUUUGUUUUAGAAGAUGGGUUAUCAAAGGGAAGGAAUCCUGUUCUUUCUCAGCGUAAAGAAUCUGUGGAAACUUGGAAUGUUGUUGAGGGAACUUCUGACAACCACGGACAUCUAUCCGCUGAUAAAUGUUGCUGGAGCCUAAUGUCAUUCGUGGAGAGAUCUAUUUCAGAAAUAUAUGAUAUUUUAAUUAACAGUCAACAAUAUCAAGAUGCAUUGGAUUUCGCUAACUGUCAUGGACUUGAGAAGGAUGACGUUUUUAAAUCACAGUGGUUGCAUUCUGAUCAAGGGAUUUAUGAAAUAAAUACGUGCUUGCCAAACAUUAAGGAUCAGAUGUUUGUACUUUCUGAAUGUGUAAAUAAGGGACCAACUGAAGAUGCAGUGAGGGCUUUACUUUCGUAUGGUCUUUUUAUUACUGAUCAAUACAGGUUCCUCAACUUGGAAGAUGAUCAGAACAGUCCUGUGUGGAACUUUCGAAAGAUGAGACUCAAGUUACUGCAGUGUAGGGACAGGUUGGAAACUUUUUUGGGGAUAAACAUGGGAAGGUAUGAUUAUAUAUGGAAGUUUCUAGUAGCCGUGUUUAUUUGUAUUCAUUAUUUAUAAUGUUUAUUCUUCUCUUCUUCUUUAAUUCUUGAAAUUUAUGGAAUUAUACUGGUUUCGUAAGGCAGUAAUCGCUGUUUACUGUAAAAGGUUAGAUAAUUCGCGAUUAGGAAACUACUUGUAGUUAAUUUGAAAUAUGUAUUCGUGGUAAAAUCAAUUUAGAGUUGUGUCCGUGUGUGUGCAUGACUGUACUGUUGUUCAGUUGGUAAGGAUGGGAAGAAGUAGACUUGGUAAAAAUAGUUCAUGCCUUCAAACGUUGGGGAACUGUGUUCUAUCUGGAAGAGCUCUGGCAACGUCAGAGAUUUAUAUAGCCAUCAUAAUGGAGGGGUAUUCAGAUACGUGUCUUGAUUGUGACGUGGAAUGAUCGAUCGCACUGUGGUUCAAAAAAAGUUGUGAUUAAACAGUAGCUUACUUGUUUUUCUCUCAAGAACUACUGACUUAUUCAAGACCUAUCUGUUGGAAUUAGCAGCUCAUCAUAUUCAAAUAAAUAUUUAAUUGGCUUCUUUGGCAAGAGGACAUCAUUGUUGUAGUAGAAUAUAUUAUUUACACUAAGAAGCUAUGGGAGACUCCACUUGUCUUCUCUCUCACAUGUUUUUCUAGUAUUUUAUAAGAUUAUCACUCAUUAAUUCUCACUCGCACCCUCGUCAACAUUCACCACCGAUAUGAACUUAUACCGUGAUGCCACUCAGUCCCCUCUUUCCUAGCUGGCGUAUUUUCUGUUCUUUUCAGGGUUGCCCUGUCCUUUUUAUUAUCAUUUCUCCCAUCAUUUGAAAAACUGAACUCGACUUUCUUUGUCGCCCAAAAACUUUAGACACUCUUCAUCAGCAAAGCUUGGGAUCUCUGACAGAUAUUUCCUGCAUGUUUAGCGCAGGAGUUACGCUCAGGCAAUUAUCAAGCAUUCUUUUUCUUCAUUGUUGAGGAUGGAAAGGAAGUCAUUCUGUGUUCCUCUUCACGCAAAAAGAUGAUUUGUGUAUUAAAAAGACUGGACGUGAGUACACUGCUGUUUCAAGGGAUUUAUGGUCUUAUCGUUUUUCCUUCAGGGAAUAUUAGUUUAGGAAAACUUUUGUCAUCCAUGGAGCUUCAGCCUGAAUGAGGGCACAUCCAAAGCUCAAAUUUGACUUCUAGAACCCAAGUCUAGUGUGGAUGGUGUGAUAACCUUAUCUAAAGUCCAAGUAAGAGAUUUAUGUCUCUUUUAUUUGGUACCGACAAGGCCCACUGACCAGUCUUAAGAAUUCCUAUCUUAUGUUUUUGAUAAUAGGGUCGUGAGCUUCCCUGUUUCCUUGAAUGAUGUACUGAUUCAUAUGUUCCGGUUCAAGCUUUCUUCUGACUUAUAAAGCAGGAGUUGAUUUCUUUUGUUAAUUUCUCUUUUCUUUCCCUAUUGAUUUCAAUCCUGCUAAUCUUGUUACACGACAUUUAGUAAUGUGUUAAUGUUAUGAUAUUACAAUCUUUUUAUUGCAAAGAUGCAGUGUUGAUUGAAGAUAAUUUCAUUCCAAAUACUAUCACUCCCACGUCGUGUUUUUUGUGAGAUUUUUUUUUUCUGAUAAUACUUCUUCAGAUUCUCAGUGCAGGAAUACAAAAAAUUUCGGUCUGCACCUCUCCAUGCUUCUGGUAUUUCUCUGGCAGAAAGUGGAAAAAUCGGGGCCUUGAACCUGCUCUUUAAACGGCAUCCUUAUUCGGUUGCAGUCAAUGUACUGGAAAUUUUAUCUGCCAUCCCUGAAACAAUACUUGUUGGAUCUUAUGGACAACUUCUUCCAGGGAAGUCUCCUCCUACCACUGUUGCUAUAAGGGAUGAAGAUUGGGUAGAAUGUGAACGGAUGGCAUCUUUUUUGACGAACAUAUCAAGUGGCUUUGAUGCUGUUGUUGAUGUGGGAACAGAGGUGAUCUUGAAGCAUUGUAUGGGAUUUGUUUGGCCACAAAUGACUGAACUUUCAGAAUGGUACAAGAAUAGGGCAAGAAAUAUCGAUAGCUUUAGUGGGCAGCUUGAUAACUCCCUCUCUUUGGUGGACCUUGGCUUUCGCAAGGGUAUUGUUGACUUGCAGCGAUUUCAUGAAGAUAUGUCAUAUUUGCAUCAACUCGUCUAUUCUACUGAUGAAGAAACAACUACCUCCAUGAGCCUUGUCACAUGGGAACAUUUAUCAGAUUAUGAAAAGUUUGAAGUGAUGCUUAUGGGGACUAAAGCAGAGACAGUUGUGAAAAGACUACGGGAAAUAGCGCUCCCGUUUAUGAGAAAUCGAACCAACUCUGGUUCACAUCUGCCUCAGAUUGUCGACACACAAGAUGGUGCAUCUUUUUUGGUGAGAUGGUUGAAGAAGAAGGCUUCUGAGAAUAACAUGGACAUCUGCUUGGUGGUCAUUGAGGAAGGUUGUAAGGAUCUUCAAACAGGUGGUUUUUUCAGGGAUGAAAUUGAAGCCAUGGAGGUGACAAUUGAUUGCAUAUAUCUUUGUACUCUCACUGAUCAAUGGAAUACUUUAGCAUCCAUGUUGUCUAAACUCCAAUACAAAAAUCAAAAGGAGAAAUUUCCACUUUCAGACAAGGAUUUUGCUCCAAAACAUAUCACACGAGGUAUAGUAUCUUCCCGAUCAUAUAACAAGAAUGGCCAGGUUGGAAGUUCACAGCUGCUGUUUGAUUUUUCAGGCUUAGGUAAAAAACACUCAUCAGCACAAGAUUCUGAAGGGCAUGUUGAAGAGCCAUCUGUCGACAUUAUUGAAAAGCUCAGGAAAAGGGCUAAAAUCACUGAAGGACAUGUAGAAGUGGGGAGGCUUUUGGCAUACUAUCAGGUUAAAGCUUUGUAUCCUACCCUACAUUUUUGUUUAUCGUUCUUAUGUGGCACAUUUACCAUCAAUGAUUUCGUAUGACACUAUCAUAUUGGUGUUAUCUCACAAUGAACGAAUCACCCUUCUUUAUCAGACGCAUCUGAGAUGUCAACAUUUCGAACAUGUUUUAAACUUGUCUUCUAAAGGGAGAGAAAGCAUACUACCUUCAUUCACAGCUUACCUCUACUUUACAAUCUCUCACAUUCACCACUCAUUUGAUCAGAUUCUGCUGUUUUUUCAUAGUUUUUACCUACUGAUUUAACUUUGUAUUGGAUGGCAUUGUCUCUUGGUCUCACCAUCUUUCGGAUUGAAAUGUCCUUAGUUGUCCCGUGUUUAUUUGCAGGUUCCGAAGCCUAUGAGCUUCUUCCUAGGUGCUCAUUCAGAUGAAAAGAACAUAAAACAGCUUCUUCGUCUUAUUAUGUCAAAAUUUGGGCGUCGUCAACCUAUAAGAUCAGAUAACGACUGGGCAAACAUGUGGCGUGACAUGCAGUGUUUUCAGGAGAAAGCAUUUCAUUAUCUUGACCUAGAGUACAUGCUAAUGGAGUUUUGUAGAGGGCUUUUAAAAGCUGGUAAAUUUUCCCUUGCAAGAAACUACUUAAAGGGUACAGGCAGUACGAAUUUGACAACAGAGAAGGCAGAAAACCUUGUCAUUCAGGCUGCAAGAGAAUAUUUUUUUUCAGCGUCUAGCCUUUCAAGUAAUGAGGUGAGUAUAAUUUCCGCAUUAUUCCUUGAAUCGUUUAGGAUCUCCUCCUUAGGUAUUUAAGUAUAAUAAUUAAAUAUGACUGUUAUAUCAUAUUUAUACGCGUCCUAAUUGUAUCUGACCCAGAGAAUUUUCGUUUGUCUUAAGCCCUGAGAAGUGUACAAGGAAAUUAAUCUAGUGAAACCUGUUCCUGUAUUGAUCUCAAUUGGAGAAUCCAGUUGGUGGGUUUUUUGUUUUUAUUUUAAUUUCCUCGAGAGAAACUGCUAAUAUUCAUAAUUUCUUGGAAGUGUCUCACUUUUUUUCUGAGAAAUGGUGCGUGCAUGCCAUUUGUUUCUGAAGGGAGUCAGAGCUUUCCCCAUUGAUGGGGAUUUGAUGUAUAGAAGAGAAAGUCCGUUUGCUAAAACCCAGUCUAAAACCAUUACAAUCUUAAGGACACCCAGUAUUUCCCGUAAAAAGGAACUGACUUCAUCAGAGUUCAGAGAACAUCUGUUCGAGCAAAAAAUCAAACUAGAUUAGACACUUCUGUCCUCCAGAAAAGUUCUGCUAUUGCACAGAGUUCUGGGAGUUCCAUUAUUGCUGUAAAAGGCCUCUCUUCCCUCAUUUUGAUAUUUUUAUUAAUGUGCUGUGAAAUAUGAACGAGCUAUACUAAAGAUGAAGGUUUCUCAUCGGACCUAUUUUUAAACGUGAUAUGCUUUUCUUCCUCUCUCGACAAAUGACCCAUGACUCUCCAGUGAGAGAAGUAUCCUACCGCGGGCCAAUCUUUGAGAUAGAUGCACUUCUAUUUCUCUCAUUAAUUGACCCACGACUCUUCAGGGAGAGAUAUAUUCCACCUCAUUUUUGUUCUGAUGAGACAUGAAACAUCAAUACAUAAGACAUCAAAACUAAGCUACAGCAGAACAACAGUGUCAAAUAGACGUUUCUACAUAACCUCAAUAAUAUCACGUUCUGGAAGGUUUUCAGUGGUUUCCUUAUUCCUUCUAUAGAAAUACUCUUGAUAUUCACUUUUAAGAAACAUCUUAUGAGAAAUUUUUAUGCACGAAGAUUGUAGUUUUGGCACAAAGUGCUUUUGUCACAUUCCUUGUUGCGUAUCUUCCAGAGCUUCCAUGAUAGAAAAUCAUGGUAAAAUUUCCCCAUCAUCUUUGUCGCCGUGGAUACCAAAUUUUGUUCUAGUUGAUGGAGACUGAUGAGAUGAGAUCUUCAAUGAUGAGAUAUCCAAAUUAUUCCCCAUCAUGCUUUUUACACCAUGGUAUGGGUUUACCUUUAGACAAUCCGCACUUGAAAGGGCUGAUAUAAUCUUCAGUUCUGAGCUGCCUGUUUCGGUAUAUUCUGGUUAUUCUUGUUACAAAGUUUUGAUAAACCAGGUACAUGGCACCGGAUCAAGUAUUUUGCUACAGUUUUGUAUACGAAAGUAUACGAAGAUAACUAUAUCGAGAUUGUGGGCUUUGGUUAGUAAAGUUUUCCUCGACUUCCCCACGCUAUAAUAUCUCAACUGCUUCGCCCAUAUGGCUCUUUCCUAUCUAGACACUAAAACCCCUUACAUAAAGAGGCAAUAUCCUGGUAACCUGAUUUUCCAUUUCCAUCACAUCACUUUGAAGUACUCCCCGCCAAAUUGCAAGCAUUUUUCUUUUCCCGACUUCAACCUGGUCUGCCCUGGAGAAAAAGCGUGCUCUCUCUACAUCAUGUGUGACUUGCUCACAGUUGUCCUUCUUAUUCGAAACUAGGAGAAAAUUUUGGGGAGGUCAUCUAACUCUGCCUUCAAGAAGGCCAAUCUUCUGUCAUAUAAAAUCAAGUUGUUUUUACUCUUUUGAGCAGAAUUUCUAUUUGUGACCGAUGGAUGCUCGUCUUUGACGAGCUUGCCUGAAAAUUGCAUUCUGAGUAACAAUUGGGCAGAUUGAACACUUGAAAGCAGUGCCCAAAUAUCUGUAACCCUGCCGUGAUCUCUUCUUCAUUCAUUUCGAUUUUAACCAUAAAAUUUGUAUAUAUUAUUAAGCUUCUAAGAAUUAUGAGAAGAAAGUUAGCCUGUAAUUUUGAGAACUUAAGAAAGAGAAAAAAAUAGUUUCAUUUGCAUAUUUUGUUUAUGCAACGAUCCUUUCAGAGGAUGUUGUCCCAAUCCCUUCACCCGUCCUUUUCUGUGUUUCCACCAUGAAUGAGAAUGGACAACAGUAUGGUAUUUUUUCUUUAUAAUCUCUCAUGGUGGAAUAGUUCCCUUUGUAGUCCACGAAUAAGGACUGAAAAAACAGUGAUUGAUUUUAUGGACCACGGAAGCUUCAUUUGAUUACAGCUUAUACAUCAAGAGUACUGCAUCUAAGGCUCUUCCGUCUGCUUAGUCAUGCGCCUCAUAAACAAUACUGUUUCGAGAAUUUAUAAAUGGGAUUGGAUGGGCUGGAUGACUAAUUAUAAAUUCCGUAGGUUGCGUCCCAGUAGAUGACGGAGACUUUAAUUCAAUGAGACAACUAUAUCCACCGUUCUUCCAUUCCUGGAUGAAAACUUUAAUUCAAUGACUAAUUAAAAUAUUAUGGAUAGAAAUAUUUUCAUUGCAAUAAUAUACUUUGCUUUGAUCAGACUGCCACCAUUCCUGGAUGCCGGGGCCCUUAUCUCUUGGAGUAGACAUGUAGUGGUUCUUUAUAUCCCUAGUUUACUUUUCAUCUUGAUGCUCUUGCCUGUAGCUUUCACGAAUACUGGUAUCGUUUUAAAUGUAUCAAGGGUAUGUCAUUGCUUUAUCCUGAUGAGCUACGAUUUUGCAGAUCUGGAAGGCCAGGGAAUGCCUGUCUUUGUUUCCCAAUAGUGAUAGUGUGAAGGCUGAAGCUGAUGUUAUUGAUGCUCUUACCAUUAAACUUCCUAGUCUUGGGGUUAAACUUCUUCCAAUGCAGUUUAAACAGGUAAGAAACCCCAUGGAAAUCAUCAACAUGGUUAUCAGGAGUCAAACUGGAGCUUAUCUGAACGUAGAUGAGCUUAUUGAAAUUGCCCAACUGCUCGGAUUGAGCUCCCAGGAUGACAUAUCCUCGAUUCAAGAAACUGUAGCAAGGGAAGCUGUAGUUACUGGUGAUCUGCAGGUAGCUUUUGAUCUUUGCUUUAUUUUAUCCAAGAAGGGGCAUGGGCCCAUAUGGGAUUUAUGUGGAGCAGUCGCAAGGGGACCUGCCCUUGAUAAUAUGGAUAUAAAUGCUCGUAGGCAGCUGUUAGGGUUUUCUUUGACCCAUUGUGAUGAGGAAUCGAUCGGUGAAUUGCUGUACGCAUGGAAAAAAAUUGAUAUGCAAAUUCACUGUGAGAAACUCAUGGCAUUGACGGGGACAAGCCCUCCAAACAUCUCUAUUCAGGGCUCUCCAUUUGAUUCUGCUAGUGGCAUUACAGAUGUCGGUGGACGUAUAGCAACAGCCGAACUCGUAGAUGGUGCUGCUUUCCAUGGAGGUGAUGAGUAUCAUCAACACUCUGAGAAUAUUAAGAAUAUUCUUUCCACUCUUACAAAGGAAAUGCAGACUGAAAGUGGGUCUACCGUACCUCGUAUCUUGAGAGAGAAUGGAAAAUUUUUGUCUUUCGCUGCCGUGAAUCUCCCCUGGCUUUUUGAGUUGAGCAAGCAAGUGGAGUACAGUAAAAAUUCUACCAUCGGUGAUAAUUCUCUUUCUGAAAGCUGGUGCAUGUCUGUGGGAAUGCAAGCAGUGUUAUGCAUACUGUCUUGGUUGGCUAUGAAUGAAAUUGCUCCUAAGGAUGAUCUCAUCGCCUCUCUUGCAAAAUCAGUGAUGGAAACUUCCACCAGUGAAGAGGGAGAUAUCAUAGGCUGUUCAUUUCUUCUGAAUCUUAUGGAUGCUUUUCGUGGGGCAGAAAUUAUAGAAGAACAGAUAGCAACUAGAAAAGGAUACCGUGAACUAAGCAGUAUCAUGAACUUAGGAAGGGCAUAUAGUUCACUGCAAAUUGCGGCUGUUGGGUGCUCAGAUCCUGAGCAGAGAAAGAUUUUGUUAGCGCAUAAAUUUCAAGAAAAGCAUGCAUCAUUCAGUUCAGGUGAUUAAUUGACUUGACCUGGAAAAUGGGUACUCUUAUUGGUUUCUUUGACUCCGUUGUAAUGAUAGAUGCAAUCUGCUUACCACGUGUUUCAUUUGGUUAAAAAAAUGUAUUCUAUUUUUGACAAUUUCGAAGCAGCUAAAUGUUAGUGAUCUUCUCGAUUAUUAGAUGUGGUUAUGAUUUAUCAUUAUUGCCGUUAAGCCUUGUUUUUUGGGAGUAGCUUUCUAAGUAUCAAGUUAUUUGUAAGUAAAAGAACCUACAGGACAAGAUAUACCGUACUUCUUUGUGUAUCAUUUCGUUAGAGCAUCUUGACGGAUAACAAGCUUCCUGUCUUUUCUUUAUCAUUUUCAAGGUGAAAUGGACAAUGUUGACAAGGCACAAUCCACUUUCUGGAAAACGUGGAAAUUGAAAUUAGAAGAGCAGAAAGAGUUGGCUGAUAGGGGGAGACAAAUAGAGCAAUUAAUUCCUGGAGUUCAAACGUCCCGCUUUUUAUCCGGGGAUACCAAUUACAUUGAAGGGGUUAUUUUUUCCUUUAUUGAUUCAGUAAAGUUGGAGAAAAGGCAUAUUCUAAAGAGCACAAUAGAGCUUGCAGACGCUUACGGUGUGCAGAGGACCAAGGUCUCUCUCUCUCUCUCUCUCUCUCUCUCUCUCUCUCUCUCUCUCUCUCUCUCUCUCGUGUGUGUGUGUGUGGUCUGCAUAUAUUUCUCAGAAAUGGGUGGUGAUAUAUAUCGGGAGAAUCCCAUUAUUUAGGACAGCUUCCAAUCUCGAUCUUAGAUCGAUUCCUCAGUUUUAUUCAUUGUAUUCUGGAAGAAUGUUCUGUCUCCUAUGAGUUAAUUGAAUUGAAUGGUCACUGAUUUUGUGUCAUCUCAUCUAAUCAUCGAUUUACAAUCCUGAUCAUUGGAUAUAAUUUCGGUUUUCUACUUCAUUUAAUUAUAUUAUUUUAUAAUUAUUGCGUGGACUAUGUCGUUAGGAAAUCUCCUGAUAUCCGUUAAGGCAGUCCCCUUAUUGAAAAGAAUGAAUAGAAGAGUCUAUAUUCAUUGUCAAGUAAAUUUUGAGUUGGAUAGCUUUCUAAUAUUAGUAUCAAAUUAAAACUGAUGUUUGCUUCUGGGUAUGCAUAUCCCAUUUCCAUUGUCCACAUGGCAGACUAGAACUGGAGGAUUCAAGAGUAUUAGAAAUUUGUCAAUAUCUAAAUCCCUAUGAAUGUUUCUUUUGAUGUGACUGAGAUCCUAUAGUCUCCAGGUUUUCUCUAUUCUAGAAAAAAAAGUCUUUGGAAGCAAUGAACAGUCGUUUCUUGGUGGCUUAGACAGACUAAUCUACCGAGAAAGAGACUCUGAUUCUAUCUUUGAGCAACAGAGGAUUCCCAUGAAGAGAAAGUCACUUGAAACAGAAUGCGGCCAUCUAAACCCUCUUAAGUUCUCAAAAUCUUUAGGAAAUUCUCUGUCAUUAGUCUCUCAAAUCAGCCUGUUGAAAAACCAAGGGCUAUGCUGAGAUUGCUAUCUUGAUUAGGAAAACAUUAUGGUUGACUUUUGCUGUAUCCUGGCUCUCUUGCAGGUGUUACUACGCUACCUUGGAUGUGCCCUUGUUUCCGAGCACUGGACAAAUGAUGAGAUCUUGGCCGAGGUUCUGGACUAUAAAGAAGAUGUGGUUGCAUCUGCCAAGGGAGUCAUCAGUGUGAUAUCAUCUAUAGUCUACCCCCAAGUUGAUGGGAGAAAUAAGGAUCGCCUUUCCUAUGUUUACGGCCUCCUACGCGCCUGCUGUCGCCAUUUAAAACAAACUGAAGAGCAAGCGCCGAUGAUGAGGGAAUACUCUGAGCAUCCUCACACUCUUGAUAUAUCGCAGUUCCUCAAGCUCCUUGAACAAGAAUGCAAAAGGGUCUCCUUCAUCAAAGAGCUGAACUUCAAGAACAUCGCCGGACUGGUUGACUUGGACUUUGAGCACUUCAACGCCGAAGUCUGCAGUCACAUCUCCGAUUCCUCUGUUACAGCCCUGGCAGAGAUGGUUCGGAGCCUUGUUGAUGUCUACAUCGAUUCACAGGAUCGAGGCCUCAUGUCUUGGCAGUCCGUGUAUAAGUGCCACGUUCUGAACCAACAGGAGGCUUUACAGGCCAGAAGUCAACAUUGCAGUGACGUCACUGGGUCCCAAGAAUUUUUCAGUGACGUUGAGGCCAGCUAUGACAGUUGCAGGAUCUACAUCAGAGAGCUCCCGCGAGAAGACAUAUUGUACAUCAUUGGGAUGUAUUGCAUGCUGUUUCUUUCUCAUGAUCACUUUGACAGUCUAUCGGAUGAAUCAGCGUCCAAACAUUUUCUGGUUUCCCUGCUGAAUUUCUGGAUCAAAUCGGCCAAGGACAUCAAGGAGCUUAUAACCAGUGGAGUGCCAGACCAAGAGAGACUGUCAACAUGUCUCCAGGCCCUGAAGAGGCUUGUAGCAGCAGAUGAAGUCCCAACAGAUAAAGCCUGGAGGGCCCUUUCAUUGUUCGGCAAACUGGGUCUCUCUUCUGGCUGGGUAGCAGAAACCUCACAUCUUUAUAGAGCCAUGGCCUUUGCUGGCUGUCACUUUGAGGCGAUUGGUGAGACAUUUUUAGGGCAGGAAUCUUCAAGCUCUGACCCCGUCGAGGAGAUCUCCCAGUUAUAUAUAAGCACCAUAGAUUCAAUCCUGUCACAGUUGGGCAGUAAUUCCGAUGAUGGCAAUAACCUGCUCAAUCUCUUGUCAUCACUCAGUGAGAUCCGCUCUGGAGAUUUGGAGGUUUUCAAUGGGGUCAGGCAGCGGGUGUGGGAAAAGCUGGUUGACUUCUCUGAUGACUUGCAGAUGCCGAGCCAGAUCAGGGUGUUUUCUCUGCAGAUGAUGGAGGCUGUCGCUGGAAAACAUGCCAGAAAUCUCCCCGCCGAAGUGGCAGGGGGCGUGAAGCCUUGGGAAGGAUGGGACGGGUCCCUCUAUGCUGAACCUGAUGAGACCCAUGAUCAGGGAGAUGGCCCCAGCAGGUUCACCAGCUCCCUGGUUGCCCUAAAAUCUACCCAGCUGUUCUCAUCUGUUUCUCCGGUUACAGAGAUCACUCCAGAGGAUAUAAAGACUCUUGAUUCAGCAGUUUCUUGCUUCUCCCGAUUAUUAGAGAUGGUGACUUCAGAGACCCAUCUGAACAAGUUGCAGGCGAUUUUAGAGGAGUGGGAAGGGUUUUUCUUUGAUGGGAGAUCUGCGCAAAGAAGCAACUGUGUCGGCGAUGAUUGGGAUGAGGGUUGGGAAGACCUGCCGGAAGAGCUAACCCUAGAAGAAACUGAGCCUGCUGCAUCAUCUUCUUCCCUGAAUCCUCUCCACAGCUGCUGGAUGCUGAUCAUGAGGAGGCUAGUGGGUCUUUCUCGGCUCAGGGGCGUGAUCGAGCUGAUUGACAGAUCGCUAGCCAAGCCUCAUGGUGUGUUGUUGUCAGAGGAUGAAGCCCAGAGUCUGCUCCAGCUCAUUGUGGAGAGAGACUGCUUCAUGGGCUUGAAGAUGGCCCUUCUGCUUCCUUACAGAGCCCUGUGGUUUCAGUCUUUGAGCAUGAUUGAAGAUAAGCCCAAGCAGGAAGAUCCUUCUAAAAAGGGUUCGGAUGAUGAGGAGCUGCUUUCUCUUGUUCUAUCAUCGGGGAUCUUGCCUUCCAUUGCCGCAGAUCGUUCUUACGAGAGAGCUUUUGCCUACUUCUGCUGCUCCGCGGGUCUCCUCUCCAGGACUUGCCAGGAAGCAAUGCUGAGAGAGAGAAAGGAACGCAGAGGCAGAGCCAGGGAGAACACUUUCUCUCUCUUUGGAAGAUUUUUGUUCCCUUUCUUCAUCUCGGAGCUCGCCAAGGCAGGGCAGCUCCUGCUCGCAGGGUUCAUGGUCUCCCAGUGGAUGCACACCCACCCGUCAUUCAGCCUCGUGGGUACCGUGGAAGUCAGCCUGAGGAAGUAUCUGGAAGCACAGAGUCAAAGCCUGAGUCAGCUCUCUGACUCCGAUCUCCGGGAUCUGGGUUCCUGUAAAUCUCUGACUUUUACUGUUUCGAGCUUGGGAGCUAAACUGGGUCACUCAAUUCGGUCAACUCUGUCGGCCCUUUCUUCAGAUAUUCAACGAAAUUAA